AUGAUGGAGAAAGUAGAAAGAGAAAGCGGCAAGAAACUGCAAGUCGACGUCAAAUUUCCAUUAAGUAAGGCGAACAGACCGGGUUUGCCAACCAGCCAAAAGCCAACAAACAACGGUGACACUGGCACUGUCUUGGUAAUAUUUUUUACAGAGGGUUUGCCCGCGGAGUGGAGGCGGAAAGCAAAGCUCAGCGCCGAAAAGAAAGAGAAGCCCAUGGAUCCCGCCGAUGACUCGGUCGGACUAACUCAACUGACCACAUGGGGCCCUCCAUCCCUCCCAGCGGCGAAUCCGGUUGUUCGGAAGGAGCAAAGACAAAAAGAGGUACCAUUUGGCUGCUCCAUUCUUUACUUCUUACCAAAGUACUUUGCUGCAUUAUUACCAGCCAGAUUUCCAUUAGUCGACAAAAGUGAUGAUUCGAUGGCGGACUUGCUGGCGCCAUGGCCGAGUCUUGCUCGAUCGGGAUCACCGCCUGCAUUCUAUGACAUAAUGGAAAACCGCCGCUGGUGGCCCCGUGACCUGCCCGACGGGGCGGGAUCUUCUCGAGGCCGAGUUCCGCACUCCUCCGACCAUCGGGACUUUCCUCCCCUACUAGGAACACUAGAUGAGAGGGCCAUUCUCGUAAGAGUAAUUGGAUGCGUGUCAUCUUCAUUUCCCAUGAACUCCCAAGACAUUAUCCCCUAUAGUAUCGACAGAUAUAGUUUCUCAAAAGUGAUGUCGCCAUCUACCCCAGACCUGCACGCACCCCUGAUGCAAUAUUCCUUACCUAACAAUUACUACUCGCCCGCCCUUCAUUUGCUCCGGGCGGGAUCCCGUGAUCCUGCGGAGAACGCUAGUCCUGUCACUCCUCCUUUCCUCCCCCUUCUCCUCUUUCCAUUAUUCGUCAUCCACAGCCAUGUCUCCCUUGAUCCAGAGAUCAGGAGAACUCAAUCCCUGACAGUCUUCAUCUCUUCCAAGGAGAAAUUGAUGAAACCAGGCCACAUGUCCAAGUUACGGCCGAGUAAAUUUCUAAAUCAACCUGACUCGGGUCAUUGA